AUGUCACUUAUAGCCAGUUAUGUUUCUGGAGUCACGAUAAUGGGAACACCAGCUGAAAUAUAUAACUAUGGUGCGCAGUAUUGGCUAGUGGUCGUGGGAGUAGCGCUAAGCUGUAUUAUAGUCUGCAUCGUAUAUUUGCCGGUCUUCUGCACUCUAAGGCUUUCGUCUUCUUAUGAGUAUUUAGAGCUAAGGUUCAACAGACAUGUGCGCGCUGUCGCCUCGCUCCUGUUUUUGUUUGAUGAGGUGCUGUUUCUGCCUAUGGUGGUAUUCGUACCUGCAUUAGCUUUUAACCAAUUAACCGGAGCCAAUGUUUUUGCCGUCGGUGGCAUAAUGGUCCUUAUUUGUGGCGUCUAUACAGUUUUAGGUGGUCUUCGAGCAGUGGUAUGGACAGACUCAGUGCAGACUGGCCUAAUGUUUCUGGGCGUGGUUCUCGUUGCGGUCGCCGGAACAAUCGCUGUCGGGGGAUUUGCGUCAGCGUUUGAGAUAGCCAGUGUCUCUGGCAGAAUAGAACUGACCAAUUGGAGCUUCUCACCGCUCGAGCGCCAAACGGGAUGGGGCGCGGUGAUCGGUGGAUGUAUAUACUGGACGUGUUUUAACUCCGUCAACCAGACCAUGGUGCAGCGAUACAUUUCACUGGAUAGCAAGAAGAAGGCAGUUACCGCAAUAGGUAUAUUCGCCAUGGGUGCAGUGCUGGCGAUCACCCUCUGCGCGUGGUGUGGAAUCACGGCCUAUGUUGCGUGGGUGACCAGCGGUUGCGCUCCCGGUGCCACGCCUUUGGUGGAUGACAGAAUGUUGCCAUCUUUUGUUACCUACAUUGCAGACACACAAAACUUACCAGGGCUGUCUGGUGUUUUUCUGGCAGGAGUCUUUGGUGCUGGACUUAGCUCGCUAUCUGCAGUAUUAAACGCUUGUGCAUUGGUAAUAAUUGAAGACUUAUUACACGGCUGGCUGCAAAAACGAUAUAAACCAUUCAAUGAGGGAUUAAUUGCACGAGGUGCUACUGCAGUGUUGGCUGUCUUAUCAGUAAUCAUGCUGGUUGUUAUCCAAAAACUAGGUGGAGUUCUCGGUGUAGCAACAGCUCUGUCGGCGAUCGCCGCGAGCACGACGUGCGGGAUCUUCACGCUGGGCAUGGCGUGCUCGUGGGUGGGCCCGCGCGGCGCCGUGGCGGGCGCCGUGGGCGGCGCGCUCGUCACCAGCGUCGUGUCGCUCGGCACGCAGGCCGCCGCCGCCAGUGGCUUGAGAACUAUGCCCCUCAACUUCACUAUGCAGUGCCCCAAUGAAGUUGCCAAUAUUGACUUGGAUUUUGACCCUGAAACAAUAUUCCCACUAUUUCGCAUCUCGUACCACUGGGUGGCACCCAUCGGCCUAUUAGCAACUCUAAUAGUGGGUGCGGUAGUGGGGUGGUUGUUCGACGUGCAGGAGGAUAUCAAGAUGGACGCGGAGCUGUUCACGCCGCUGGUGUGGCGCUUCCUGCCGGCGCGCGCGCUGGAGGGCGCCGGCUCCACGCGCCGCGCGCUGCAGCGCGCCCACGCCGCCGCGCCCAUCGCCGCGCCGCUCAUUAUCUCCACUGUGGAUAAGAUUGAAAUGAACGGUGAGCUUAGUAGGUGA